AUGGGAAAAUGCUGCAAAUGCAACAGCAGACUACUGUGCAUGUGUCUGCUGCCUUUUAUGAUGACUGGCCACCUUCUGAUUUAUAUCAUGGUGUCCAUCUUCGUCACCAUGUCCUACGCUCCUCCAAAAAUAACCAUUCACUAUAUCGCCCCUGGGAUUUCAGCUAAUUCUUCAGCUCUGGCCUCUCACCCACUUGGCCCUUUCUGGAACCUUCAAUUGGAGGAUCGUGCAAUGUGGAACCAGUUGCAGCAUGCUUGGGACCGUGAGAACAAUCCGAUACUGAGAGGAAACACGACUGGGAUAAGCAGAAAACCAAGAGCUCAACUUUUAACAGAAAUUGCUCGUACACACGACCUGAACAGCUUUCCAGAACAUAUGGGGGCAUUUAUCAGGUCAAUGCACUGCAGGGAGUAUCCCCUCCUUAUCAAUCAGCCUGAAAUGUGUAGAAGGAGCAGUGAUGGCUCUGGGGUGGACUCUCCUGUUCUUCUCAUGGCCAUUAAAUCUCAAGUGGGGAACUUUGAAAACAGACAGGCCAUUCGUGAAACAUGGGGACACAGUGGUAUGGUGGAGGGGAAUUCAAACAAAAAAGGGGGACUAGUCCGCACAGUUUUCCUGCUUGGAAGACAGGAUUCAAGUACAGGUCCUCACCCAGACCUGAAAAACCUCUUGGAGCUUGAGAACCAAAAGUAUGGGGAUAUCCUACAGUGGGAUUUCAGAGACAGUUUCUUCAAUUUGACCUUAAAGGACCUGCUGCUCUGGCAGUGGCUCCAGCUGUACUGCCCCACUGCCACCUUUGUCUUCAAAGGGGAUGAUGAUGUCUUUGUUCGAACAGAUGUCCUUCUGGACUACCUGCUGACAAAGAAGAAGGAGCACAUCCUGUGGAAAGGUAAUACAAACAAAACUGACAUGGAUUUGUUUGUUGGGGAUGUAAUCAGUAAUGCAAUGCCAAACCGUGAGCCAUCCACCAAAUACUACAUACCAGAAAGUUUCUACAAAGGCAUGUACCCACCAUAUGCGGGCGGAGGUGGGGUUGUGUAUUCUGGCUCACUUGCAUUUCGUUUGAAAGAGGUGUCUGAGUUGGUCCGCCUUUUCCCAAUUGAUGAUGUUUAUCUUGGCAUGUGCUUGCAAAGACUCGGGCUCUCUCCGAGCCAUCACCCUGGAUUUUUAACAUUUGAUCUUCCGGUCACAGACAGAGGAAACCCCUGUGCGUACAAAUCUGUUCUGCUUGUUCACAGACGGAGUCCCAAGGAGAUGCUUACACUAUGGAAACAGCUCCAGAGUAUGCCCGAUCAAUGCUGA